AUGAGUGGCGUUGAGUUCAUUGUUGGCGUUGUCCUCGGUGCCGUACCAAUUGCCGUCCUGGCAUUUGAGCAAUAUGGCAAGCUCUCGGCGCACAUUUCGACGUUUCGCAAUCCACGGGAAAUCGUCAAACUGCAGUCCAAGGUCUCUGCUCAAAGGACGAUAUUCAGGAACAACGCCAUCAACCUCUUGUCAGCUAUAACCAACGACCGAGAGCUAGUCCGCUCCAUGCUUUCUGCCUUCGGUCAGACAAUUGCCGGAGCGAACGAUGACAACCCGCAGCGCAAUCCUACACAAUCCUCCCGACACAAGAUUGUGGUGGAGCUGAAGAUGAGUGAAAUAUACCGAAACCGUAUUGAUUCUCUCGAGGAGAGUCUUGAAAGCUGUCACAAGACGAUUCUGCAGAUCGUCGUGUCUCUGGAAAAGCUGGUUGAAGAGCUUUCGGGGCUUGCCGGGACGAUUCAGAAGAGCGGUGAUUCCACGAGCGGCCGUCGAGAAUGGCUGAGCCGGGUCGGGGCCCGUUUGAAGCUGGUCGUGAAGAAACCAGAGCUGCUGAAGGCCAUUGAAGACUUGCGGAACUUUAACUCGGACUUCAACUUGAUGGCGAACCAAGUCAUUGGCAGUCUGAACGAGGUCAAGAGGACGGUUCCAGAGAAUACCAAAUCCCGGCACGGUGUCGAAGAGGCUUGGUUCAGGAGGACGGCAACUAACAUUAAUAGCAUCGAGAAGUAUCGCCAGAUUCGACAUGCCUCGACCCUGCUCUAUGAAACGUUGGCCAACAGCUGGACUUGCUCUACGCAUCAGCAUGAGAGCCACGCAGCGAGCGUCUCUUGUGUUGAAGUUUUUGAGAUGAAAAGCGAGGGUUCGGUCAAGUUCGAUGUCGCUCUGACGAGUGUGUGUGCGAGCGAGCUGGCACGAGACAACUCCUCUAGCCCGCUCUGGUUGGAGGUUGAACAUAUCGAGAGUGCAAAGAGCAAGAUUGCUAUAGCUCCAUCGAACCAUGGCCAACAGCAGUUCGAUAAUUUUAACAGUGUUCUCGCCAAGUACUCGACCCCAUUCACCGUCCCACCAAAACGACAGAAUUCGGCCAAAAAACUGGCCAAGGCCAUGAAGAGAGUCCGCUUCAACACCGACAACCUGCCUCAGAUGGAGCCCUCGGGCGACGAAGGGCCAGUGAUUGAUGACGAAGGCAUUGACGACAUCCCAGAGAGACAACUUGUCAACUUGAUGCUUAUCGCCGAUCUUUGCCAGCACUUCCACACCCAGUACUUGGUGUGCCAGCCGCAGCAGUGUCUCGGGUACCUCGGGGGGCGCUAUCUCCAGCGCUUCUACCGGCCGCCUCCGAAUCGCCGUUUUGCUGGAGACGCAAUGCGACUCGACGCAAUCAUAUCCUGGAUCAACGAGAACUCGUUCCAAGGGUCGCUGCCCCUGCCGGCCACUUUCCACAUUGCCGGCUCGCUGGCAGCGUCGGUCCUCCAAUUCCACUCGACACCCUGGCUGCCCGAGACCUGGCGUAGCCAAGACGUCAACUUCUUCACUGCCCACCAGUUAUCGGCAGAGGAUGAGCUACGGCUGUCGUAUCCUUACUUCAAGGUGGAGUUUGGGAGGCGAGCCAGAAAAGGGAAAGCCGUCGGCUCAGGACCAGGCAGCGAAGACGCCGACAUGCAAGACACGGCAGGCGGCAGCGACACGAUGGCGGUUGGGGCGCGAAACGAGCUGCUCUUCCGGUUCGGCAUCGUACUGCUCGAGGUUGGUUUCUCGCGGUCAUGGGCGACUCUGCGGGAGCGGGUGUGCCGAGAUUUCCAGAUGCCGGCCAAGCGCCAGACGGACUACCACGUCGCCGAGAAGCUGUGCGCCAUGCUGGCCAACCAGAUGGGCGCCAAGUAUCCGCGCAUUAUCCGGAAGUGCAUCGGUUGCGACUUUGGACUCAGGGAGCCGCAGGACGACCUGGAGAAGAGCGAGGAGCUCCAGGCUGGCUUUUUGGUCGACGUUGUUAUAGAACUUCAGCGCAUGAAGGAGGGCGUCAGAGCCCUCGGUUCGGCAUCUUAA